CCUCUCCCUUCCCACCUUGAGUGUGUGAGGAGCGUGUCCGGCAGCGUCAGAGCGCAGGGCUGCGGGUUGUGCCGGCUGUGCGCAAACACCGUGCGCUCCUAGCGGCUGCUGUAACGAAGGCGCAGAGGGAGAAGCAGAAGAUCUUGGAGCGACUUGUUCGCGAUGGCCGCGCACAUCUUCCUCCCCAGCUGAGCACAUGGGUUGUCCGGACGCGGCUUGUGAGAGAAACUUUUUGGGGCGAGUGCGUGGAGGAUUUCCAGCGAGAGCCAUGUGUCCAACAGCGUGGAGCCGCUGAGACGAGACCGAGGAGGAGCACUUGUUCUUGAACUGGACUACAAACGCUCCAACAGUCAUCGCGCAGUCGUUUUCCGCUGGAUGGUUUGAACUGUUACCCGCCGAGAGGUCGCUCUUGCUGGAUGUGAUAACCCCGGGUCAGCGUCCGUUCAUGGAUCCUCUCCCUGUAGCGGGACUCCAGUCCGCGUAAUAGCUGCUCAUAAACACGGAAUAGAUCCACCGGACUUGUUUGCUGUAUCCAACCUGCUGUGAUUUCGUGGAUUUGCCGUGGAUGUUUAAUAUGCGAGGAUGGGUCCGCUAGCGUUCGUGCUUGUCGGUGGAUUACUGUACCUCCAAGUGGAUGGAUCCCGUCUGCGCCAAGAGGACUCCCCACCCAGGAUUGUGGAACACCCGUCUGACCUGAUCGUGUCCAAAGGGGAGCCGGCGACUCUCAACUGUAAAGCGGAAGGUCGGCCCAGUCCGACGGUGGAGUGGUACAAGGACGGGGAGCGCGUGGAGACGGACAAAGAUGACCCCAGAUCGCACCGCAUGUUGCUACCCAGCGGCUCGCUUUUUUUCCUGCGCAUCGUUCACGGACGUCGGAGCAAACCGGACGAGGGAGCCUACGUGUGUGUGGCACGCAACUACCUGGGCGAGGCCGUCAGCCGCAACGCGUCGCUGGAAGUAGCAUUGCUGCGAGAUGACUUCCGACAAAACCCGACGGACGUGGUGGUGGCAGCAGGCGAGCCGGCAAUCCUGGAGUGCGUUCCCCCCAGAGGCCACCCUGAACCCACCAUCUACUGGAAGAAGGACAAAGUUCGAAUCGAGGACAAGGAUGACAGAAUCACAUUCCGAGGAGGGAAGCUAAUGAUCUCCAACACCAGGAAGAGCGACGCCGGCAUGUACAUCUGUGUGGGCACCAACAUGGUCGGCGAAAGAGACAGCGAGACGGCACAAGUCACCGUCUUCGAGCGACCGACGUUCAUCCGAAGGCCGAUCAACCAGGUGAUUCUAGAAGACGAGUCGGUGGAGUUCCGAUGUCAGGUGCAAGGAGACCCUCAACCCAAUGUGCGCUGGAGGAAGGAUGACGUGGACGUUCCUCGUGGAAGGUAUGAAAUCAAGUACGACAAGGAGGACUAUGUGCUGAGAGUGAAAAAGGCUUCCAUCAACGACGAGGGGACCUUCACCUGUGUGGCGGAGAACCGCGUGGGGAAGCUGGAGGCGUCGGCCACGCUCACCGUCCGAGCUGCUCCUCAGUUUGUCAUCCGGCCCAGAGACCAGAUCGUGGCUCAAGGCCGCACUGCAACUUUCCCGUGUGAGACCAAAGGAAACCCGCAGCCGGCGGUUUUCUGGCAGAAGGAGGGAAGUCAGAACUUGCUGUUUCCCAACCAGCCCCAGCAGCCCAACAGUCGCUUCUCAGUGUCGCCCGGCGGAGCCCUCACCAUCUCCUCAGUGCAGCGCACAGAUGCUGGCUACUACAUCUGCCAGGCGCUGACUGUGGCUGGCAGCAUUCUGGCCAAGGCUCAACUGGAGGUCACAGAUGUCUUGACCGACAGACCGCCGCCCAUCAUCCGCCAAGGACCUUCCAAUCAGACGUUAGGGGCAGACAGCGUGGCGUUGCUGAAGUGCCAAGCGUCAGGAGACCCCAUCCCCUCCGUCAGCUGGCUGAAGGACGGGGUCAGCCUGCUGGGGAAGGACCCCCGCAUGUCCCUGCAGGAGCUGGGGAGCCUGCAGAUCAAGAACAUCAGACUCUCCGACUCGGGGAUCUACACAUGCGUGGCCACCAGCUCCAGUGGCGAGACGUCAUGGAGCGCUUUUUUGGAAGUGAAAGAGUCCACAGCAGUCGUGGUGACCAAGAACCAUGAGGAGAACCAGCUUCCAGGCCCGCCGUCCAAACCUCAGGUGACCGAUGUCACCAAGAACAGCGUGUCUCUGUCCUGGCAGGCUGGGACAGUCAGCUCCUUGCCUGUCACAUCAUAUGUCAUUGAAGCGUUCAGUCAGUCGGUGAGCAACAGCUGGCAAACCGUCGCCGACCACGUGAAGACAACCCAGUUCACCGUGAAGGGACUUCGACCCAACACCAUCUACCUGUUCAUGGUCCGAGCGGUCAGCGGUCACGGCCUCAGCGACCCGAGCCCCAUGUCCGAGCCCGUCAGAACCCAAGACAUCAGUCCUCCGGCUCAGGGUGUCGACCACAGACACGUCCAGAAAGAGCUCGGCGACGUUAUCGUCCGGCUGCACAACCCCGUGGUUCUGAGUCCGACAGGCAUCCAGGCCACAUGGACUGUGGAUCGCCAGUCGCAGUUCAUCCAGGGUUACAGGGUUCUGUACAGGCAGACGUCUGGCCUGCCCUCCCCGGGACACUGGCAGAUGCAGGACGUGAAGGUCCCGUCCGAGCGCAGCGCUGUGCUGUCUUCGCUCAAGAAGGGCAUUGUCUAUGAGAUCAAAGUUCGGCCCUAUUUCAACGAAUUCCAAGGCAUGGACUCGGAAUCCAAGACGGCGCGGACCACAGAGGAAGCCCCGAGCGCACCCCCACAGCAGGUUACAGUCCUCACUGUGGGAAACCAGAACAGCACUUCCAUCAGCAUCUCCUGGGACCCUCCUCCACCGGACCACCAGAACGGCAUCAUCCAGGAGUAUAAGAUCUGGUGUCUGGGGAACGAGACGCGGUUCCACGUGAAUAAAACGGUGGACGCGGCCAUCCGCUCCGUGGUGGUGGGCGGCCUGCAGGUUGGAAUGGGCUACCGCGUGGAGGUGGCUGCCAGCACCAGCGCCGGGGUCGGAGUCCGAAGCGAGCCGCAGACUAUCUUUAUUGGUAAAGAAUUCCGUGACGUCAUCAUCCACGGAAACCGGAACAACAGCAUCACGGAGCAGAUCACCGACGUGGUGAAGCAGCCCGCCUUCAUCGCCGGCAUCGGCGGCGCCUGCUGGCUCAUCCUCAUGGGCUUCAGCAGCUGGCUCUACUGGAGGCGCCAGAAGAGGAAGGGUCUGAGCAACUACGCAGUUCACUCCUUCACCUUCACCCCUGCAGUUACGUUCCAGAGAGUGGACGGAGGCCUGAUGGGCAACGGAAGCCGACCAGGACUGCUGAACGCCAGCGACACCGGAUACCCCUGGUUAGCUGACUCCUGGCCGACCACCAGCCUCCCGGUCAACAGCAGCUCAGGGGGGCCGAAUGAUCUAAGCAACUUCGGUCGGGCAGAUCUCCCCAAUGGGCAAGGAGACAAGACCGGCACCAUGCUGUCUGACGGCGCCAUCUACAGCAGCAUCGAUUUCACCACCAAAGCCAACUACAACAGCCCCAGCCAAACCUCCCAGGCGACUCCCUACGCCACCACACAGAUCCUCCACUCCAGCAGCAUCCACGAGUUGGCCGUGGACCUGCCCGAGGCUCAGUGGAAGGCCUCGCUCCAGGCCAAGCAGGAGAUGGCCAACUUGGGCUACUCCCUGCCCGACAAGAACUCCUGCAACAACACCCUCCUUUUCAUUCCUGACUACCGAAUGACCGACGGAUUGUCUAGUAGAAUGCCACACAACCAAUCACAAGAUUUCAGCACCACCAGCUCUCACAACAGCUCAGAGCGAAGCGGCAGCCUCUCAGGUGGUAAAGGAGCGAAGAAGAAGAAGACCAAGACGAGCUCCAAACCCACCAAAGCCAAUGGCUCCAACUGGGCCAACGUCCCGCUCCCCCCUCCUCCUAUUCACCCCCUCCCUGGCACGGAGAUGGACCAUUACCCCAAUGAGCACCAUGAAGGAGGAGGGUACGAGAGUGAUGGUUGGGGUCCACCAAUGCCCGUCCAGACCUAUCUCCACCAGGGCAUGGAGGACGAACUGGAGGAAGAGGACGAAAGAGUGCCCACCCCACCCAUCCGAGGGGUGGCCUCCUCUCCCGCCGCGGUGUCCUUUGGGCAGCAGUCCACCGCCACCCUCACCCCGUCUCCGCGGGACGAGAUGCAGCCGAUGCUUCAGGCCCACUUGGACGAGCUCACCAGAGCUUACCAAAUGGACAUUGCAAAACAAACAUGGCACAUGCAGGGAGGAUCGCUCCCUCCCCAGGCGCCGGCUCCUCCUGUGGGCUACGUGUCAAGCACAAUGGUUUCUGACCUGGAGACUGACCUGCCUGAUGAUGAGGAGGAGGACGAGGAUGAGGAGGAUGAAGGCUACGGAGCCAGGCAUCGCAACGGCAUCGAGCACACACCAGGAUCCAGUAUGGACAACCUGGACAGCUCUUUAACAGGGUCCAUGGUGAAUGGGUGGGGCUCAGCUUCAGAGGAUGAGCGUAAUUUCUCCAGCCACAGGUCCAGUUUGGGCAGCUCGUCCGACGGCUCCAUCUUUACCCACUGCAGCUUCGCCCAGGCGCUGGUGGCUGCGGCCGACAAGGCCGGCUAUCGCCUGGAGGGCACUAGUCUCAGCAAAAGAGGUAAAGGCUUGUCCCACCGGCCCCGGCCCAGCAGUCCUUUCUCAACAGAUGGCAGCACAGUCGGCACACACAGCCUGGGCCACCAGAGGGCAGCCAGGCCCGCACGCAAGCCCCGCGGCCAGAACACAGCACCACACCGGAGAGACCCCGGUGCAGACGACCUACCUCCUCCUCCUGAGCCCCCUCCCUGUCAGGGCCAGGGCCGCGUCCAAGGCGCCCGCAGUAUAAACAGCAUGGUGCCGGACAGGAAGGCCUCAUCUCUGGAGCGUCCGCCCAUGUCGGGACAGGACGACUUGAAGAGCUCCAUGGAUCGUCCCACGCGUGCCACUCUGGAGCACCACCGCCAAGUACAAGACAGGCUGGGAUCCAUGGACCGGGCCGACGACGGGCGCAGGGGGCACAAAAACGAGGAAGGCUGUCUGCCGUACAGCAAGCCGUCCUUCCCUUCACCGGGCGGCCACAGCUCCUCCGGCACCGCCUCCUCCAAGGGGUCGACGGGACCGCGGAAGAACGACGGGCCGCGACAGCCGCAGCAGUGGACGGCGUUAGAGCACGCUGACUUUCUGGGGACCAACGGGCAAGGACAGUACUCAGGAGAAUUAUAGUGAUCCGACUGGGACGUGACCCGGAGGCGGCUGGACGGAGCGACCACCUGCCAGUUUGCGGCUCUGAACUUUAGCCCACGUGCGCGUCCGCGGCGGCGCAGCGUCACAGAACUGUAAAUGUGAUGUACAGACACGAACAUGCCGUACAUCCCACUCUGUUUUCGUCCUCCAGAAAAAAACAAUAUUUUCCACCUCCUACCUUACUGUCAUGUUCUUUUUGUUACAAAAAUCGAAGUGAAAAAAAAGCAAAAGAAAGUACACGUUUUCUGGUGGUGACCCUCCAGGAACCAGGAAGGGGACUCUGUUUUCCCUGUAAAUAUUUUCUUUAACUCGUGUUGCAUUGCUAUGCAAGCCUGAUUCAUUUGAGCUUUUUUUUUUCUUUUUUUUUUUAAUCUUCCCCCUAGGAAGCGUCGGUUUCUCUCUGGUUAUUUGUAUUAUAUGUGAAUUGUGUGGCUGUGUUGCCAUGAGAUAUUGUUUUAUAAUCCAUUGUUUGUUUAUAGUUUCCAUUAAUUAUUAUCAUGACUAUUGUUAAUUAUUGUUUUUGCACUGCAAUUUUUGGUGAUAAGCACAAAGACAUAGCUCCUGCUGACAUGAAGAACCGGAAGAAUAUGUGAAGAGGAGUUUCUGUACUGUAAAGUAAAGAGAAGAUUAUAUACUAAUGUACAGAGAGAUAUUAAAAGAGUUUUGCUUGCAAAGUGGGGGAGCGACCUCCAGGGGUCUGAAGUGACGCGGGAACAAUGGUACUGCAUUACUUCCUAGGCAAGCGACGAGCUCAGCGCCACCACACGAGCGGGUUUGUGCGGUUGCUUCGAAGUGGGAUCUGACGUUUUCAUUUUCGGGAUGGACCGCGACAGCACACAAACUCAGACGUCGACGUAGGAUUCUUUUUUAGCCUUAAACGCAACGCAGACAUGUCGGAGCGAUGAUGGAUGGGGCUGCGUCCACACGACUGGGGUUUUGUUUCAGGACCGCCACUUUCAGAUAGCUUAGCUUUCAGUAGAUUAGCUUAUAAAGGCUAGAAGAAAAAUAUUAAAAUAGAUUAUUUGAAUUGGUUCAGUCUGAACCUCUGAAAUACAUCGCAAAUUUCCCCUAAAGUUUCAGGUGUGAAAUUUACAUGCCUUAAACUUUGUUAAGUCCAAAUGCAUGUUAAGGAAGAGAGCUAGCUUGGCAUGUGACCGACAGAAACACAUUUAUUGAAAUUAUACAAUGGAAGUCGACAACUCCAACUGGAAGAUAGCUAGUGAGCUAAUAUGCUAAGUGCUCUGCCAAGUCUCAGUUUAGCAUGUUCCUGCUAAACUUCCUUGCUGCUGUGCCACGGAGCUAAUCCACCAUCGGAUCAUGGACUGACGUUGUUUUCAAAUGUAAAUUCAACACUAGGAGAGUUGAAAUGUAUCGUCAAGGGAAGUAGCGGAAACACAGUCGUGUGGACGAAGCCUCAUAUGGAGCGUUAGCAUUUACAAUUUUCAUUUCUUCCAGCACUUUUGUUUCAAUCGCAACUCUGACUCAGAGGCAUUACUUUGUGAGUCGCCAAAAGAUCGUCCUGUUUUCUGCCUCCAACCGGUUCACACUGAAAUUCGCAUAGCACCAACAGCAUUUCAAGCACUCUCCGUCCAUUCAACUAAAACGGCUUUUGUAACAAACACAGCGUUGUGGGCGGAGCCUAACCUCUCAGUGGAGCAACAUCAUUUGUUUACAUUUCGUGUAUUUUUCAUUUCGUCGGAGCACUUAUGUUUUCGUUUCAAUCGAUGUUGUGAAACAAGAAAAAACAAACAACAAAAAAAAAAAAAAAACGAACACCAGUUUUGUGAUCACGGAGAAAAAGCCUUGUACAUGAACUUGCCGGUUCCACUGCCUCGACAGCCGUCUGGAGCUCUACGACUGCCGGACCAAUGACAUCCACCAAAUCUUUACGCUUCUUUUGUUUGAUAUGCCUUGGACUCUGAAACGCUGCUUUACCACAAUGUUUUUUCUAAUCGUUCAGGAUUUUUGUGGUUCAAUGACUGUUGUCGUCCUUUUUUUUUUUUUUUGUAACAGGGGGCCGGGGCGGUGAGGGAGGGGCCGGAAAGGUUUCUGUCGUCAUAAUUUUAUUUUCUUCAGCCAUUCACCCAGUGGCCAGUGUUCCUGGAAAUGAGGUGCAAAGAGUAUCUCAGGUUAUUUUACAUUCUGGUGGUGUUUGUGUAUAUAUGUGUAUAUAUACAAUAUAUCCAUCCGCGCUUGAUUCCACCGAAAUAUCCCUCGCUUUUCUUUGUUUUAAUUUCGUUUCUGCUGUGAUUUUUGAGGCAAGAUGUCAGAAAAAAAAAACAACCAAAUUUGAUAUUUCUAAUGUCUGCAACGUUUUCGUGUCCCUUUAAUACUCAUUGUUUGAACUCACGGUGUCGUUUUUGUAUUUAUUAAAAAUGAUAAUAAAGGUAUAUUGUGAAAUAUGCAUAAAGAUUUGUGGAAUAUUACAUGUGGAUUUUAUUUCCUUUUAUUUUUUAACAGUGAUUUUUUUUUUUUUGCGGCCAGUCCUCUCAUUUCCAAAUUAUAUGGAUUUAAUUUACCCUCCAAACAUGGUUGCUUCCUUGUAGCUGAUCUGUGUGUUGGCUUUUUUUGCUAUAAAAUAUUUUUAAAAGGACAAAAAAGUUGCUGGCUGGAGUCAUUUCUGUACAGUCCAGAGUGAGGUGACGCCCCAACCCACGCCAUUUCUGCCGUUUAGUUUCUGUGAACCAUCUUCUGUACUUCACUUGCAUGCCCCACCCCCAAAAUAAAAAAUUAAAAAAAAAACGUGGAUCAAGAACUAAAGUUUUACAUCCUCCUGUAAAAUAAAUCCAUGUUCUUUUAAUUUCCUUGUACCUCGAUCAAUAUCAAAUAA